CGGGAGGGCGGUUGCUAGGCGCUGGCGAUGAAUGGCGGCGGCUGCUAGUGCGAGGCUCGGGGAGCGGCCUCAGAGCGGUAGAGCAGUUUGCUGAGCAGACACCAUGGCUCAGUCUCUGCAGAUGGAGAUUCCGAACUUUGGGAACAAUAUCCUGGAGUGCCUGAACGAGCAGCGGCUACAGGGGCUGUACUGUGAUGUGUCCAUCGUGGUCAAAGGCCAGGCCUUCAAGGCCCACCGGGCUGUGCUGGCCGCCAGCAGCUCCUACUUCCGAGACCUCUUCACUGCCAACAACUGCGUGAGCUUUGAGCUCCCGGCGGCCGUGCAGCCCCAAUCCUUCCAGCAGAUCCUCUCCUUCUGCUACACGGGGCGCCUGAGCAUGAACGUGGGGGACCAGUUCCUGCUCAUGUACACGGCCGGCUUCCUGCAGAUCCAGCAGAUCAUGGAUAAGGAGACAGAGUUCUGCCUGAAGGUCAGCUCUCCGCACUGCGACUCGCAGGGUCUGCACGGUGACGACACGCCUUCUGAGCCCCCCAGCCCGGCCCAGGCCAGCCGCUCGCUCUCCGCCACCCCCCUCUCGCUCGUGUCGCGGGUCAAGACGGAACAGACCGAGACGGACUCCGGCCACUUUACACCCAUCGGCAAGAGGCUGUGGGAGAACGGGCCCAGGGAAUGGAACGGUGGCACGGUCUCGAAGAUGGCCAGGGUCUCGCACAGUGCCACGUCCGCCCGGCAGGGCUGUGCUGCCGGGGGUCCGGGGGGCUCGGACCGCACCAGCCCCGGCACGGCGAGCGCCUACACCAACGACAGCCCCAACUCCUACCAGAACGAGGAGGACGAGGAGGAGGAAGGCAGCGAGGAUAUCGUGGAGGAGCACUACCGGCAGAUCUGUAACAUGUACACCAUGUACAGUAUGAUGAACGUGGGCCAGCCAGCGGCAGCGGAGAGAGUGGAGGCUCUGCCCGACCACCUGACCACGGACGCCCGCUCCCGGGUGAGGAUGCGGAGGGACCUGGCGGCCCUGCCCGCCGAGCUCAUCACCCAGAUCGGGAACCGCUGCCACCCCAAACUGUACGCCGAGGGAGACCCCACCGAGAAGUUGGAGCUCGUCACAGGCACCAGUGUCUUCAUCACCCGAGCCCAGUUAAUGAACUGCCACGUGUGCGCUGGCACCCGUCACAAGGUGCUGCUCCGGAGGCUGUUGGCCUCCUUCUUUGACCG